AUGUCUUCUGAACAUGAAACUGAGGAGUAUAUGAAAAGUGCUGUAACAAAUACCGACGUUUCUGAUGGAUAUUCUAAAGAAACAACCUAUGCUCUCAUUGACGAGUAUGAAACUACAAAACAAGGAGUGGAAUUGCUAUUGGAGAUUUCCAACAAUUAUGAGAAUCAUUUCUCCUUGAUAAAAAAUCACCAGAUGGUCGUCGAAAGGGAAGAAAUCGAACCAUAUUUACUGGCGUACGGUGUCGUAAAAGAUGCGCAAAAUUUUUGGGAUAAAGUUAAUUUAAAAAAGAAACUUUCAAUCUCAAAUGAUAACUCAAAUGGAAUACUUACUGACAAUAUCAACAGGGAAGAAUCUUGUAUAGAUGAUGAAAAUACUUCGUGGAAUGAAAGUUCAGAUAAGAAAGAAAAGACUGAUGAAAAUAAGGAGAAGUGGUUGGUAUUCUUUGAAGAAAAUGAAAAGGUGACAAGGGAAGUCAACAAAACUGAGAAGAAAGAAAGAGCACCAGAAGGACAAUGCGGACCAAUAGAAGUAAAUACAGAAGAGCAAGAUGUUAUGGCGAUGGAAGAACCAUCAAUGACGUACAAGAGCCAAGAAAAGAAGGAAGGGAAGAAAGAAUAUCUUAUUGUGAAAACGUAUGAUGAAUCAGAUCCUAGUGCUGAAUGGUACUUCGACAGACCAAACCCCAUAGAACAAUUAGUAAAAUCAAGAAAAAUGUUAACACUACUUGAGGAGAAUUAG